AUGCACAAGCUCCGGUCACUCACCAUCACGAAUGCGAAUCUCACGGGCUCGAUUCCGAAGCAAUUGGUCAAGAAUCUCGCCCGUGUGGAUCUUUCGGGCAACAAGCUUAAAGGAAGGAUACCCAGUUCAAUUGCAAUCCUCGAGAAUCUAGAAACCCUCAAUCAGGUAGGAAGAUCUCCUUUCGGCCCAGGUGAUCCAUUGUUUCCCAAACCAACUGUUCCGCCUCCUUCUUCUAGACAACAAUCGGCUCCUCCGGCUGCUUAUUCACCGGAUUCGGUGGCGAUUGGGUAG